AACAAAUAGCCGCGGCUUCCCGACCUUUCACUGUUCACUCAUUUCUUGCCGUGCAGGAUGUUGUGAAUGUCUUGUGGUCAUGGACUGAGGGAACAAGCAGCCCAGUGUUGUAAAUCCAACAAGGAGAUGACGAAUGAUGGAGGAGGCACGUGGUCCACUCCGGGACCCUCACCCGCUCGCUCCAGCCCCACCUGCUACAGGAGCGCUCUCAUAUUCGGCCUCCUCUUCUUUCUCGGCGCUGGAGUCUUUGUAGGACUGCUUAUCGCGUACCUGAUACAGGAGCAGCAUGACUUCAUGGAGACAGUUGAGCUGAAGGGUCUCAAGCAUGAUUCGUCUCUACAGGAUCCAAACUCGGGCUUCUCCUUAGUACUGUCAUCUGUACUAAAGUCAAAGAUCAAAAAUGUUUUCGCUUCCUCGUCCAUAUCGCAUCACUACGUCGACUGUAAUAUUAUUGCUUUUGGCAAUAUGAAUGGUGAUGUGAUGGCAACAUUCAGGCUGGUGUUUGCGGUUUCCAAAUUUCAGCAGUAUUCGGAAAACUUCAUUCAGGAGCUGCUGAGGGCGGGGCUCACCUCGGUGAUGCACGGCAAUCCGCUGGAGGUUCCUCAGUUUGGACACAUCAAUGCUAUCGUCUUACUGGGUGCCAGUGGGAAAUCAUUUUACAAUAUUGGAGAUUAUACACUGGGUGAGGAGAGUUGCCCCGAGAGCGCCUUCACCUGUGACAACGACGAAUGCAUCACCAAAUUAAACCCCGAGUGUGACUUUGUAUCAGACUGUGCUGAUGGAUCUGAUGAAGCUCGUUGUGCCUGUGGCACACGUAGCGCCACGGGGAAUCGUAUCGUGGGCGGUGAAGAUGCCCGACAAGGAGAGCUGCCGUGGCAGGUCAGUCUCAGGCUGCAUGGGCAGCACACAUGUGGAGCCUCUAUUAUCAGCGAAAGGUGGCUGGUCAGUGCCGCGCACUGCUUUGAAACCGCCAACAACCCCAAAGAGUGGACAGCCCUGGUGGGGGCCAGUUUGGUGAGCGGGGAAGAGUCUGAGUCCAAAACAAUCAACAUCAAAACACUGGCAGUGUCUCCAGACUACAACCCCAGGACCACUGACGUUGAUGUGGCCGUGCUGGAGCUGGAGAGCCCUCUCACCUUCGGUCCCUACGUCCAACCCGCCUGCCUCCCUGCACCAUCUCACGUCUUUGCUCCCGGCCAGAAAUGCGUGGUGUCAGGAUGGGGAUCUCUGCACCAGUUUAGUUCUGAGAUGCCUUCCACACUGCAAAAGGCCUUGGUGAAAAUCAUUGACUCCAAGCUGUGCAGUAAACUGCCUGUAUACAGAGGCUCAAUCACUUCCAACAUGAUGUGUGCUGGAUUCCUGCAGGGCAAGGUGGACUCCUGUCAGGGUGAUUCCGGGGGCCCUUUGGUGUGCGAGGGGGCUCCAGGGAAGUUUUUCCUGGCAGGGGUGGUAAGUUGGGGCAUUGGCUGUGCCCAGAUCUACAGGCCUGGUGUUUACUCGCGGGUCACCAAACUCCGCAGCUGGAUUCUGAGUCACGUAGACCCCAGAUCGAAGCAUUACUACCCCAACCGUGAGCUCACUUUGCCGGUCACCGCUCCAGGCGCGAGUGCUUCUAAUUCUCCAUUUCCCAAGACAGUCGCCAUGGAUGUCGAAUCUGCCCCAGCACCUCCUGUCUCAAAUUGUAGUGGAAAUUUCCAGUGCAGCGCCACCUCCUGUAUCAACAAGUUAAAUCCAGAAUGUGACGGAGUCCCUGACUGCCCCAACCAGGCUGACGAAAGAAACUGCGACUGCGGUGUGCGUCCCGCGUUGGGCGGCAAUCGGAUUGUGGGCGGUGUCACGGCUCGCAGGGGGGAAUGGCCUUGGAUCGGCAGCCUUCAUUACCAGAGGCUCCACCAUUGUGGCGCCACUCUCGUGCACAGCAAAUGGUUACUGACUGCUGCGCACUGCUUCAAAAGUGAUCCCAGCCCCACCCACUGGGCAGUGAGCCUUGGCUCCGUGCUGCGCUCCGGUGUGGGAGCCGUGGUCAUUCCCAUCCAGCGGGUCGUCAUCCACCCAGCUUUCAAUGGCACCAGCAUGGACCACGACGUGGCGCUGCUGGAGCUGCUCAUCCCGGCCCCCAAGUCUCACACCAUCCAAUCCGUCUGUCUCCCGUCACCAGCACAUCGCUUCUUGGAAGACGCUGAGUGCUACAUCUCAGGAUGGGGAUCCAUGAGGGAAGGCGGUUCACUGACCAACCUGCUGCAAAAAGCACCGGUGAGCACCAUUGAGCAGGCGGACUGCCGACAGUCGUACGGAGACAACCUGACUCCUCACAUGAUGUGUGCGGGUUACAUGGAAGGAGGCAGGGACACUUGUUUGGGAGACUCUGGGGGUCCUCUGGCUUGUCGUGAGGACUCCGGACAGUGGUUUGUCGCCGGGGUAACCAGCUGGGGACAUGGAUGCGGCCGAGUCGGUUUUCCGGGGAUUUACACUCGAGUGACUUCGGUACGGAAUUGGAUAUCGUCAUACCUGCCUUUCUGAAGUGAGUGAGGCAAAAACACAGCAGCUUAAACCAACACCGAGCCAAGUGGACAUGAUGACGGUCUUUAUCAGGUCACCUUAUUUGCCAUGACAUAAACCUCAGUCAAUGCAGUAUUGACUUGUGUGGCCUCGUGUGGUCAUGGGUGCUGUUUGUAACACUGUGCAAUCGCCUCAACUUUACUGGGCUAUCGUUUCUAUCGACAUGUACUGAAGAUACAAGGGCAAUCUGCAACUAUUGCUCCUAGGCAGUGGGAAAGCAAACGAGUGUUUAUUGCAUGUAUUUAUUCAAAUACAAACUGCGAGGCAGACGUUCACCGUGAUGCCCCUUGCAGCUUAAAUGUUAUGAAUUUAGUAUCAUCCUCAAAUAGCUGAAAACAAAUAUGUUCCUCAUCCACUCAUUUAAAGAGUCGUUCUCAUGAAGUGAUAGGAACAGAAGACAGAAAUACCAUGCUAAUUGCUGAGCUAACCUAUGAUAUACACGGAAUUGUAAAACACCGGAAUUAAGUGCUUGGGCGACCAAGUACAUUUUUCACAGAUGUCCUGCUGAAACUGCAUUAAAGCAGAGCAUAUCCAACUUUGAACAUCAAAAUAGCAGGCAUUUUAAUUUAAAGUGUUUUGAAAGAAAAUGAUACAAAACAAUGCUCCACACAAGAGACAAACAGGACCAAAAAUUAAUUACCGGUAUGUUCCGGCAUCCGUCAGGGGUGACCUACAAUAUCAAAGGUAUAUUAUUGUACUGUAAAUAUUUAUGGUAUCAGUUUUGUUUUCAGUACAGUGUCCAGAGUUUGGAUUUUGAGGUAUGCGCACGAAAUGUUCUCAAAAUUAUAUUGCAGUACACCGUAAACCUUUCCCUACAUCAAUAUAACUUUGCUGAAAGACAAUACAACCCAUUGAAAAAUAAAGUUAAAACGGAAAUGUAUAUUUGUAUUUGAAAUUGCUCCACUUGAAAAGUUUCCACACAAGAAAACAGUUUGCUGUUUGCAAAAUGUGAAUUGAAGGUAUAAAAACUGUUGAUCGUAUCAAAUAGAAAAUCAAUCGUUCAUUAGCUAUAUCAUCAUAUAUUUAUUGUUGAACAAAACCCUUGCUUCUGGUCUCUGAGAUUAACCUGCAAAAAAUGCUGCGCAAAAUUAGAAAGUUGUUCCUCAACUAAAAAAAUAGAUUAACAGAACUACUGAAAAGAAAAAGUCAUUUCAAGCCGAGCUAUAUGAUUCUGUUCCAACACGUUUAUACAGCAAUCGACUUUCAAAUCGCUCCCACUGUCAGAUGACGCAAUAUAUUAACAACAAAAAUUGCUUUAAUUUCGACGCAUUUGAUCGACAGUGUGUAUGUGUGAUCUAAUUUUAUGUGAUUUCAGUGCACUAGGAGACAUUGUUUAUGGUUGCCUGCCCCUUGCUAUGUAUGUUGCAAAGAUUUGCCUACCAUCGAUUUGGUUGAAACGUAGACUUGUGAGGUAAUUGGCAUAUGCAAAUCCAAACAUGCUAAAUAAAGUAAGGUUCCCGUUUUUGAAAAUUACAUGGAUGACAAAUUAUUGGUUGUUCAGCUAAACAAUUUCAUGUACAGUAUUCACAAGCACUCCCAAAUCGCACCAUUAUGGUCAGAGGCAACCCGUGAGAGAAAAAAAAAAUGACAUUGGUUCCCUUUGACGUCUGGGCUCAACAUGUAGUUUCUGUGCUCGCUGCGUCUUAUGGUAGUGCCUGCCGGAACAAGCUGGCUACUGUGGGGAGGGUGGAGAUAGUGUGACAGCUGGACAGCGAGUAGAACAAAACUUGGUUUUGUUCUCACAAUUUGGAGACUUGCGAACAUCAGUGCUUCCUCAACAAUCAGGUUUGAAUAUUAAGCAACGCAGCAGUUACCUUGGCUAUACUGACUGUGGCCACAAUUUUAAGCACACUUGUACAACCUAGUAAGAUCCAAUACAGUAAUGUAACAUUGCAAAAAGAGGUUGGGCAAAUUGUUGCAAAAUUAAUGUGAUCCAAAACAACCCGUUUUGUACUCCCAAAAUAUUUGUUGCAUUGGUACAAAAUAACAAUUUGUCUUCUGAUAUAAUUCCUAUUUAUUUGAAGAAACCAACAUUUGUUUAUAUACAUAACUCAUGAAUGCAGUGACGAUUAGUUUGAUUGUUAGUGGAUGUCAACAUCAAUAUAUGGUUGCGCUAAACAAUAUUUCGUGUCAAUCGUUGCUACCUACCCCUCACACAAACCUUCUAGAUAUUGGGACACAUAAAGGGCCAGGGCAACACUUCUUUUUUUUGGCACAAUACCAGUUGAUCAUUGCAUUAAAUAAAAAAAAUAAUAAUUGUUGUUACUGAAUUGAAUGUUGUCCACACUGUUACGGCUGCAGUCCACAGGCUGUGCCAGCCUGCUUGAGGUAUUGCGGGGAGGGAAAAAAAAGUCGUGGCUGCGCAGCAUCCGUGAGGAACCUGAGAACAUCAUGUGACCUCAGACUUCCAUAAGUAAGCAUUGGUCAAAUAAGGGACGAAAGAAAAAAAGGAGGAGUAGUGAGGGAUGCACAUUCACAUGCGAGCCCUUUCCUUCUGUAAUCUGGAAUUAUACGUUCGGGAAACAGUAUUCCACGCAUCCAUAUACCGGUCCAUGCACAUGGCGAUGCAUUUCUGUAAAGUCAAAACAGGAAGAUAGAGAUUAAUAACGAGAAAUGUAUUUAUAGGAUCAUGAUUGCCAGGUUUUUAUGUAGAAAAGAGUGUGAAAAAUGAAUUGAACCCCCGAAUAAACUGUGCCUGUGUGAACGUA